CGAAAAGCUUGCCGACGAGAUUUUCUUCUACUUCUGCCAUGUCGACGGUCGAGGAGGAUAGUCCGGCGGUCGAUGUCGGUGAUCCGGCGGAAGACAGGCUUGAACCGGCGGAGGACGGUGAUGGACCGUCGUAUGUCUAGAUUAGGGUUUUUCCCUAGGAAUCUUGCUCUGAUACCAUGAAGAAAAUAAUAAGAGGGAAAAUAUUCUAUAAAUAUUUAUUUCAAGAUGUUACGACAAUUUGAGCUUGCCCUAUCUGUUCAAUUGCGGCCUUAUAACGCCAUCGCAUUCUCUGCUCCAAUUGCGGUUUUUGUCUCUGUCUUCUUUAUUUAUCCACUAGGUCAGUCUGGUUGGUUUUUUGCACCUAGUUUUGGUGUAGCAGCUAUUUUCCGAUUCAUCCUGUUUUUUCAGGGGUUUCAUAAUUGGACAUUGAACCCUUUUCAUAUGAUGGGAGUUUCCGGUGUACUAGGUGCUGCCCUGCUAUGCGCUAUUCAUGGUGCUACCGUAGAAAAUACUUUAUUUGAAGACGGUGAUGGUGCAAAUACAUUCCGCGCUUUUAACCCAACUCAAUCGGAAGAAACUUAUUCAAUGGUUACUGCUAACCGAUUUUGGUCCCAAAUAUUUGGAGUUGCUUUUUCAAAUAAACGUUGGUUACAUUUCUUUAUGUUAUUUGUACCAGUAACCGGUUUAUGGAUGAGUGCUCUGGGAGUAGUCGGCCUGGCCUUGAACUUACGUGCCUAUGAUUUUGUUUCCCAAGAAAUUCGCGCGUUGGAAGAUCCUGAAUUUGAAACUUUCUACACAAAAAAUAAUUUGUUAAAUGAGGGUAUUCGUGCUUGGAUGGCCGCUCAAGAUCAGCCUCAUGAAAACCUUAUAUUCCCUGAGGAGGUUCUCCCACGUGGAAACGCUCUUUAAUACAACUUUAGCCGUAGCUGGUCGGGACCAAGAAACUACUGGUUUUGCU